AUGGAACCCGCCGGUAAUAGAGGACACAUCUUAACUGGGUUGCUCUAAGAACUGAUGUCUAAACCAUCUCAGCAUGGCCUGUAGAGGAGGAGGUGGGCAUGGCCAGCCUCCCUCAGCUACACUCUUCCGGGUUAGCCCUGGAAAUCUUUCCACACGUAGAACCCUUACCCAUAAUAUAUGCAUGGUGUCUGACUUUUUCUACCCAAAUAUGGGAGGCGUGGAAAGUCACAUUUACCAACUCUCUCAGUGCCUGAUUGAAAGAGGGCACAAGGUCAUAAUUGUCACCCAUGCUUAUGGAAAUCGAAAAGGCAUCCGUUACCUCACUAAUGGCCUCAAAGUCUAUUACUUGCCUCUGAAAGUCAUGUACAACCAAUCGACAGCCACGACCCUCUUUCACAGUCUGCCAUUGCUCAGGUACAUAUUUGUUCGGGAGAGAGUCACAAUAAUCCAUUCACAUAGUUCUUUUUCUGCCAUGGCCCAUGAUGCUCUCUUCCACGCCAAGACAAUGGGGCUUCAGACAGUCUUCACGGACCAUUCCCUUUUUGGAUUUGCUGAUGUCAGCUCGGUGCUUACAAACAAGCUUCUAACUGUGUCUCUUUGUGACACAAACCACAUCAUUUGUGUCUCUUAUACUAGUAAGGAAAAUACUGUACUAAGAGCAGCACUGAAUCCUGAAAUAGUGUCCGUCAUUCCUAAUGCUGUAGAUCCUACUGACUUCACUCCAGACCCAUUUAGAAGGCAUGAUAGUGUAAUAACUAUUGUUGUUGUCAGCAGACUUGUUUACAGAAAAGGGACCGAUUUGCUUAGUGGUAUAAUACCUGAACUAUGUCAGAAAUAUCCAGAUUUAAAUUUUAUAAUUGGAGGAGAGGGACCAAAGAGAAUCAUUUUGGAAGAAGUACGGGAAAGAUACCAGCUACAGGACAGGGUGCGUCUUUUGGGAGCUUUGGAACACAAGGAUGUUAGAAAUGUCUUAGUUCAAGGACAUAUUUUUCUUAAUACUUCCCUUACCGAAGCAUUCUGCAUGGCAAUUGUGGAAGCAGCCAGCUGUGGUUUACAGGUUGUAAGUACCAGAGUUGGUGGAAUUCCUGAGGUGCUUCCAGAAAAUCUUAUUAUUUUAUGUGAGCCUUCGGUGAAAUCUUUGUGUGAAGGGUUGGAAAAAGCUAUUUUCCAACUGAAGUCAGGGGCAUUGCCAGCUCCAGAAAAUAUCCAUAACAUAGUAAAGACUUUCUACACCUGGAGGAAUGUUGCGGAGAGAACUGAAAAAGUGUAUGACCGGGUGGCUGGGGAAGCUGUGUUGCCGAUGGACAAACGGCUAGACAGGCUCAUCUCUCACUGCGGCCCAGUAACAGGCUACAUUUUUGCUUUAUUGGCUGUGUUCGACUUUCUCUUCCUUAUUUUCCUGAGAUGGAUGACUCCAGAUUCUCUCAUUGAUGUUGCAGUAGAUGCCACUGGGCCAAGAGGUGCCUGGACUCAUCAAUGCCCUCAUAGGAUCAAAAGGCGUGAGAAGAAUAAGAUGUUUAAAGCCAGAUAGAAGAAGCCUGGA